UAGCUUUCGAGUUUUCAGUCAUUAACUAAAUGCAACCGAUUUCGAACUAAUAACAAUUGAAAUUUUACGAAAACAUCCUUAUAACUGAAAGUGAUACAAUAAACUUUAUAAUAUAAAGCAAAAAUACCCAAGACGAAGAUCUCACUCACUAUAAAUCCCUUUCCUCUUUGCCUCCCCAAAAAACGCUCACACUCCUAAUCCCUCCCAUUUUUCAAACCACUCUCUCUUUCUCUUUCUCUAAGUCUUUAACAAUGGCGCGCCUUCUCUUCCGUCUUCUCCAAGAAGCCAAUUCUACAUCUCCGGCUGAAGCUUCUCCGCCUUUCAACUCCGACCUCGUCCUCAUCCUUGCGGUUCUUCUUUGUGCACUGACAUGUAUCAUCGGCUUAAUAGCCGUCUCUCGAUGCGCUUGGCUCCGCCGUAUCGCCUCAAGAAACAGAUCGGAUCAAACUCAUCCACCGCCGGUAGCUGCAGCCAACAAAGGAUUGAAAAAGAAAGUCCUCCGGUCGUUACCGAAACUCACCUACUCGCCGGAUUCUCCGCCGGCGGAGAAACUCGUGGAGUGUGCUAUCUGUUUAACGGAAUUCGCCGCCGGAGACGAGCUUAGGGUGUUGCCGCAGUGUGGACAUGGUUUCCACGUAUCGUGUAUCGACACGUGGCUUGGAUCACACUCUUCUUGUCCUUCUUGCCGUCAAAUCUUGGUGGUUACCAGGUGUCAUAAAUGUGGCGGGUUACCCGGUAGCUCAAGUUCAGGACCCGAACCCGAUACCCGAAUCAAACAACGUGAAGAUGGUCCUGAUAACUUGCCUUGAUUCUUUUCUUUAGACAUAUCCCAUUUUAUUUUUUAUAAAGGGAAUUCGAUUAAACAAAGAUAUAAUAUUAAUUAAAAAGUGUUCUUUAUCAUUUUAAAGGAUAAUGUUACUCUGUCAUGUAUAUAUUUAAUUAUCUAUUGUAAAUCUAUCAUGGAAUGGAAACUUUAUGUCAUUUAACCC